AUGGCUCUUCCAAAAAGUUUUUGGACUAGGACUGCGAGCUACAUCAUGAACGUUCCGCCGUUUGCGAAGCACCUGGCGGCAAACGACAAGAAAACGCGCGAUAAGUCAGUCAAAGCAUUGGCCGCCUUUCUCUCGCAUGAAUCCCAAGAGCCCAUCCCGAAGCUGGAGAUGGAUAAAUUGUGGAAGGGGAUCUUCUAUUGCUUUUGGAUGUCGGACAAGCCGCUGGUCCAGCAGGCCCUAGCCUCCGAGAUGGCUGAUCUGUUGUUAACGAUACCUUCAACGCCACGGGCACUGGAAUUUCUGCAAGGAUUCUGGUCUACUACUGUCCGGGAAUGGAGUGGUAUCGACAGACUGCGAAUCGACAAAUACUACAUGCUGGUCCGGAGAUUCAUCAACGCUACAUUCAGGCUGUUGAUUCGCUCGGAUUGGGAGAAGAGCGCCUGUGACACCCACGUCGAUAUCUUGACCUCUGCCGGUGGACCGUUAUGUUCGACUGACAGCCGCGUGCCAACAAGUCUUGCGUAUCACAUCUGCGACGUAUAUCUGGAGGAGCUGGAGAAAGCGCUGGCAAGCUCAAGAGAUACCGAUUCAGACUCUCCCCCGGCUCCAGCACCCCUGUGCACAGUGAUCUCCCCAUUCCUCCAUCUAGCAGCCCGCACUCUGACAAAAACGACGUAUGCCCGCAUCGAAACGGAAGUCUUCAAGCCUCUGUUCUCCUCCCUAGUUCCCUCUUCCGUUGUUGAGGAUCCACACCCGGCGAAACGCAUUCGGCUCGAUCCACAGGCGCGGGACUCGGACUAUCCAACCAUAGUCUCGAACUCGUGCUUCGACGAUCCUUCUACAGGCAUCGCGGAGCCUCUGGUGGUGCGCAAACGGCUGCUGCAACGACUGUUAGAGGUGGCUGGCGAACCGGAGACUAGAGACGCGAGUCGACGCAGACUGUACGCUUUCUAUCAGGCGAAUGUGGACGAGGACGAUCUCGAAGAAGGUUGAUAAUAUAUUCAUUGUAUCUCUCUCGCCCUGAUCCGAGAAUAUUCGUG